AUGUGUGAUUCACUGCCCGUGGGUACCAAACUUUUUCAAUGUUCAUAUAUAUCUAUCUAUCUAUCGAUCGAUCUUAAUGUUUGUUUGUUUGUUUCUUUCUUUCUUUCUUUACCCUAUUUAUAUCUAUCUAUCUAUCUUAUCUCCAUUCUUUUUAAUUUCUUUCUUUCUUUCCAUCCUUCCUUCCAUUCUUUUUCUCUCUUUAACCUAUUAAUAUCUAUCUAUCUAUCUAUCUAUCUAUCUAUCUAUCUAUCUAUCUAUCUAUCUAUCUAUCUAUCUCUUUCCUUAUCUCCAUUCUUUCUUUCUUUCUUUCUUUACUUUAUUCAUAUCUAUCUAUCUAUCUAUCUAUCUAUCUAUCUAUCUAUCUAUCUAUCUAUCUAUCUAUCUAUCGCACGACGUGGGGGUGCAACUAAUUUCUAUCUAUCUACCUAUCUAUUUCACUCUGUUCAUUUUUAUCUGUCUCGAACUGUCCAUAUCUAUCUAUCUAUCUAUCUAUCUAUCUAUCUAUCUAUCUAUCUCAAACUGUUCAAAUCUAUCUAUCUAUCUAUCUAUCUAUCUAUCUAUCUAUCUAUCUAUCUUAACCUGUUCAAAUCUAUCUAUCUGAAACUGUUCAAAUCUAUCUAUCUGAAACUGUUCAAAUCUAUCUAUCUAUCUAUCUAUCUAUCUCGAUCUGCCCCUAUCUGUCUCCCCGUUUAUCUAAAAAAAAAAAUCGAUAUAGAAAGAGCGCGAAUGUGUUCGAGGCAGACGAUAAAGGAGACUGUCAUCAAAAAAGAAACAAAGCAGAACUUCUGCAGAACAAAACAGGCAAUGGCAGAAAGCAGAGACGAAACAGAAGGGAAAGAGACACUGUCACUUUGUUUUUGUGACACUUUCCGCCUUCUGAGUUCAUUAUUUUUGCAAACGCUCGUGCGCAAAGCCAAGUUUUCAAUUGAUCAUUUUCCUAGAGAUCGUUUCGGAAAAAUAAGCGGUCUGUCCACUUUUCCUUUGAAUUUUGUAGUUUCACUUUUAUUCAUUUACUAG